UUACAAGAAUAUGUUUUCUCCAACAGAAGGAAGAUAUUGAAGCUGCUCUUCGUAACAAUAACAUGGGCCUGGAUGACACCUUGAUGGAGCUCAGCAACCGUGGCAUAGCAGGCAUGGGAGGAAGUAGUGCAGGGGAUGCUUGGCGUAACCCACCUCUGGAGGAGCAUGCUCCCUUCGACCUCACCAACCCCAACUUCCAGCAACGCUUUCCACCAGCACCACACCACUUGCCCUUCACCAAUCAGCAGGGUAGCUCUGGCAAUUCUCCACAUGUACGUGCUCUGAUGCAGCACAUCCAGAUGGCAGUGCAGGCGGGCUACCUCAACCCCCAGAUCCUGAACCAGCCUCUAGCACCAACUACCCUCAUGCUUCUCAACAACAUGCUCUCGCAUAUCAACAUGCUUCAGAAAUUCACGCAGCAGCAGGCCAUAUGGCAGGCACAGGCUCACAUUAACAAGAACUCGUCACAGACUCUACUUUCGCUCAACGUCAGUAUUACCAAGACCAAACAGCAGAUCCAGAAUCUCCAGAAUCAGAUAGCUGCUCAGCAAGCUCUCUAUGUUAAGCAGCAACAGCAGCACCAACAUCACCAUCAGCAGCUCAACUCUCAUAUGACUGGCGGUCCCCCUGGCACCCAGAAUGAUUUCUUCAACAAGCCCAGUCUUCCAGAUCAGCUGUGUAGUAGCUUUGAUUUCCUGGCAGUCAACAAUAAUCCAGCUAUUAUCAAUGUUCAGCAACAGGGAAGCCGCUUGCACCAGUGGAAGUUGCCAUCCCUAGAAAACGAUGAACCCGACUUCAUUCGUGCACCUGGGGCUCCGGGAAAGCCUUCCAUGCCUCAGUCUCAGUCAUCUCCAAACCUGACACCUCUGCUCGGACCCUCUAACAGCACGUGGUCUCUGAACCGGACUUCUGAGUCUGGUUGGCCUGAAAGCAGCAGCGGAGGAAGUGUAGAUGUUGCUAACAAUCCUGGUGUAGAAAAGGUGGUGCCAAAUAUGGAUUCUCGGUGGGUCGCUUCGUCUCAAGCCAACGCGUCAGGGUCUUAUGGCCUUGAUAUCAAGCCAUUUGAACCAGGGAAACCAUGGAUGAUGAAAAACAUCGAAGACGACCCUAACAUUACCCCUGGCUCUGUGACACAGUCUCCUCUGGCCUUGGGAAUAAAGGAAUCGGUCGACUUGUUAUCCUCAAUCAGCAAGACUUCCACCACUAACACUGCUUCAGACAUGGCUGGACCUCUUACCUCUUUCUCCCUCACUUCGAACACCUGGAGCUUCAAUCCUGGACCCGGCCACCACGCCGCAAACUCUCCGUUGUCAGGUGACAGCAAGUUGAGCAGUGGGACCAAUGGCAAAAGUGGGUCAGCUUGGAAUGAAUCUAGCCAAGGUGGAAGUAAUAACCUGGCUUCUGAACUCUGGGGAGCUCCAGGGAACAAGCUGCGGGGACCACCACCAGGAAUGAGUGUAGGAAGCAGUAACAACAAGAUUGGUGUAGGGGUCAGUGGAGGGUCAUGGGGUGCCCUUGGCAGAUCCACAUCAUGGUCAGGGGAGCAGCAGAGGAACCCCCCAAAUAGUGCCUUACAUUCUGCUGCAGUUGUAGCUGCCUCAGGAGCCUGGACCAACUCCCAGCUCCCCUCCCAGCUGCCCUCCACCUGGCUAAUCCUUAGGAACCUUACACCUCAGAUUGAUGGUUCCACCCUGAAGACACUGUGCAUGCAGCACGGGCCGCUGGUCAACUUCUACCUAUCUCUCAACCACGGCUUUGCUCUCGUCAACUACGGCUCACGAGAGGAGGCUGCCAAGGUACAAAACUCUAACCUUAAGCUGCGAUCUAAAAAUCAUACUUGUAUAUAUGGCCAAAGUCUUAAAAAAAAAAGUAAAAAAGAAAGAGAGAGGAGAAAAAAAUACAAACAUAAAUCCGAAAUACCUUGAAGCAGCCCAUGCUUG